ACAGUCGGCUUUAACAGUAGCUUCUCAGCAAUUUCCUCUUAUGACAUAUGAACUGACGUCAGAAGCUAAUUUCAUGGACAUUAUUUUCCAUGCAUCGACUUUGAGUUUGUGGCACUAUUAAAUCCUCCCAAUAAUUUGUUGACUUAAGUCAACUCUAACUUCCACGAGACUUGUUUAAUUUGAUGCAUAUAUCCUUUUAUCUUAUUGGUGUCAUUUUUGCCUCGUGCUUUGAAUAUUUCUAAUCUGCAAGACCAUUGAAAUGCUAUCCUUUGCUGUAUCCCGGAUAACCCUUUUGGUGGUGUUCCUACUCUUCCUCUAUCAAAGUUACAAGUGCAAUGCAAAGGAAGAUGCUCAACUCUGUUCUCGCCGGUGUGGGAUCCAUAACAUAACCCACCCUUUCCGGUUACAAGACAGUCCAGACACGUGUGGUGAUACGAGGUACAACCUAUCCUGCGAGGACAACCAAUUGUUGCUCUAUUUGGGCUUCGGAAAAUACUAUGUUAAGUCAAUUAAUUACAACAACUAUACAAUACGGUUAGUGGAUGUCAACAUUCGACCGCAUGAUUACUCCUCCCUUCCUCGUUAUUCUUUAGGCCUCUACAAUUUCAGCUUGAGUACACCAUAUACAACUUAUCAGGAUAGUAAUAGCUCGGUAAAGUCUCUCUUAUAUUGGAGCUGUCCAAAUGGGGUGGAUUCCUCUCUUCACAAUGUUAAUGAAAAUCCCAUUUGCGUGAAUACUUGGCAUGCAGUGAUUAUUCAUGACGAAUCUCUUCGGGAUUUGGGAAUUGGAGAUUCUUGUCGCAUAGAGUUUAUGUAUAUCACAUCUUGGCCUAACGAAUUAACUAAUGGCAACGUUUCAUGCGCUGAAAUCCGUCAUAUGCUGCUUUAUGGUUUUGAACUUUCUUGGCUCAGUAGUUUUUGUAAAGACCGGGAGUUCGGCUACCUCGACGACAAUAGCCAGCAUCGCUGUUUCGUUUUUCCAGGAGACGCUGAUAUAUUGAUUCUAUUUUACUGGAUAUUAACAUAUGUCGCUUUGUUUUGUGGUGUCAAAUUUGUGCUUGGAGCUCCAUGUAUCACUGUCUUAUUUAUCUAUAAAUGGAGGCGAAGGCAUCUUUCAAUGUAUCACACCAUUGAAGAUUUUCUACGAAGUGACUAUAGCAUCAUGCCUAUAAGGUACUCUUACAAAGACAUAAAGAGAAUAACAGGGCACUUCAAGACAAAACUAGGGAAUGGAGGUUAUGGUUCUGUCUUCAAAGGACAACUUCGAAGUGGUCGUUUCGUAGCUGUCAAGAUGUUGGAUAAAGCCAAUGCCAAUGGUCAAGAUUUCAUCAAUGAAGUUGCUACCAUUGGUAGGAUUCAUCAUGUUAAUGUGGUGCAACUCAUUGGUUUUUGUGUGGAGGGGUCAAAGCGGGCUCUAAUAUAUGAGUUCAUGCCAAAUGGAUCUCUAGAAAAAUAUAUUUUUUCUAAUGAAGAGAGGUCUUCCUUGAGUUGUGAAAAUUUUCAUGCCAUUGCUCUUGGAGUGGCCCAUGGUAUUGAAUAUUUACAUAAUGGCUGCAAUAUGAAAAUUUUACACUUUGACAUAAAGCCUCAUAACAUCCUUCUUGAUGAGAAUUUCAAUCCAAAAGUUUCUGAUUUUGGACUCGCAAGACUUUAUCCUACAGAUAAUAGUAUUGUGUCUUUGACUGCAGCAAGAGGAACCAUAGGAUACAUGGCACCUGAACUCUUCUACAGAAAUGUUGGCACAAUUUCCUACAAAGCUGAUGUUUAUAGCUUUGGCAUGUUGUUAAUGGAGAUGGCCAGUAGAAGGAAGAACUUGAACGCAUUGGCUGAGCAGUCGAGCCAAAUUUAUUUUCCUUUUUGGGUUUAUGAUCGAUUGCAAGAUGAAAGGGAAAUUACAAUUGAAAAUGACACAGAAGAAGAGAUUAAAUUGACAAAGAAAAUGAUGAUUGUGGCCUUGUGGUGUAUACAAACAAGGCCUGACAAUCGUCCUUCGAUGGUUAAAGUGUUAGAGAUGCUCGAAGAAGAUAAGGAAUUGCAGAUGCCUAGUAAGCUCUACUUAUAUCUACAAGAUCUAGCAGCUGAGGACAUUAGAGAUCAUAGUAGUUCAAGGUCAUCCUCUGAUAUAUCAACAAAUGAUUGAGAGUCAAUAUGAUCUCUUUUUAGCUCUUGAAUGAUUUCUUUGUAGUCUUACUGCCUUUAGGCAUAUGUUAUGACAAGUGUUUCUGACUUUUAAUAAGUAGGGUUCUUAUGUUAGAUUCUUGUUUGAAUAAGAGUCUAAGACUAUUAUUCGU